AUGAACAACGAAUUCGACGGGGGCGAAAGCCCUAUUCACGACGACGAUAGCGAGUACGACGACGACGAGGUUAAGCCUCGUUUCUAUGGCGUCAACGCCUGCAUCAUUGCGGCUGUAGAAGCCGUAAUAAAUAACCAGAUCUCGUUCUAUAGCGCUCGCAACUUUUGGGUGAAGGUCUCGAUGCAGCUUGUAGAAAGCACCAGGAUUGACAGAAUCGGCCGCCGUAUUGCCAUCAAGGGAAAUACUCUGGACAAGAGGUAUCGGGGCCUCCGCAAAAUCGAUCCUAGUUUACCGCAUGCAUUCGCCUAUGUCUGCGAGACCUUGCGCCGCAGAGCGGCACUUCGAAGACAGAGGGCUCUUGAAGCUGCGCAGGAGCAGACGGAGGACGAGGUUGAAAUGGAAGAUCGUGGUCGUAGUCACGAGCAGGUGAAGUCCGAAUUGCCAAGACCCGAUGAUCACAAGCUUUCCCCCGGACCUCGAAGUAUCGCUGCAGCACCAACCUCCACAAUGGACGACCAUGAGCCGGAGAUUGAGCAAGACGAGGAGCUGCAUAAGUUUUUGGGCACCUCAUCGUUCGGAAAACAGAAGAGACAGGCGAACACAGAGAAGCAGAUUCAGCUCAGCAAGAGACAGGCACAAGACAGCAUACAGAAUGGACAACAUCACGAUGGAGAAGAGCACAAGAGCGCGGAAGAGAAAUCGGACGAUGAUAAUGACGACGACGACGAUGACAGCGACGACGAGGACGAAUUUCCAACCUCACACGAAAUGAUCAUCAAGACACACGACAGAGCCAUCACAGCAGCAACACUCGAUCCCUCAGGCGGCAGACUCAUCACGGGCUCAAUGGACUGCACUCUUAAACUUCACGACUUCUCCUCCAUGACACCAACCACGAUCCGCGCAUUCAAAUCCGUCGACCCGACCGCAACAAAAGGCUCCGCCAAUGUCGAGACACAUCCCGUCCACCAGGUGCUCUUCAAUCCUCUUUCUCCGGCACAUGUCUUGGUCGCAACGGCGCUACCCCAGGCGAAGAUCAUGUCAAGAGAUGGAGAGAUAUUGACAGAAUUCGUGAAAGGCGACAUGUACUUGCGAGACAUGCACAACACGAAAGGGCACGUUUCAGAGGUCACGACGGCAGCGUGGCAUCCUACAGACAGGAACAUGUGCGUCACAGCGGGCACGGACAGCACUCUGCGGAUAUGGGACAUCAAUCAUGCGAGGCAGCAAAAGGAGGUGAUCGUGCACAAGUCUCGCGCAGCUGGAUCAGCAGGCCGGACAAGAAUGACGGCUGUAGCUUGGGGAUCGCCUGUUCAAGGUGGGAACAACCUCCUCGUCGCAGCAGCAUUGGACGGCAGCUUGGUCAUGUGGAGUGGUGAAGGACCGCACGCACGCCCUGCUGGAGAGAUCCGCGACGCACAUACCAAAGACACAUGGACAAGCGGUCUAUGCAUAAGUCCGGAUGGGCGAUCGGUCGUGACCCGAGGAGGUGACGACACAGUCAAGCUCUGGGAUACCAGAAAGUUCAAAUCGCCAGUCACUACCAUCUCCCACCCCUCCACUUCCUCGCAACAUCCCACGUCCACCAUCGCUUUCUCUCCGAACGGCUCCUACAUCCUCACCGGCUCCGCAACUGGGCAUCUCCACAUCCUCAACCCUGGCACCCUCCGCCCCGAGCUCGUCACGCCCGUCACGCCCUCCAGCGCCCUUGUCACCGCCAUCUGGCACCCUACACUCAACCAGAUCAUCACCGGCUCCGCCAACGGCGAGACGCACGUGCUCUACAACCCUACCACCUCCAAUCUCGGCGCCAAAUCUGUCAUGUCCCGCGCGCCAAAGAAGCGUCACCUCGACGACGACCCGACAUUCACAACAGACAUGUCCAACGGCCUUUCUAGCGACGCCAUCAUCGUACCCGGUUCUGGUGCCACAAUCCAAGGAUCAUCAUACGCUUCCCGUCAUCCCGAAGUCGGCCUCACAGCUUCCGGCCGCAGUCGAGAUCCUCGCCGACCACAUGUUCCCGCUGUUACACCAUUUGCGAAAGGCAAUCCGGAUGCUGACUACGUGAAGAACAAUAUUGCAUUGAGUUCAUUGAGAGACGAGGAUCCGAGAGAGGCGUUGUUGAAGUAUGCGGAUAAAGCGAAGAACGAUCCGCUGUUUACGAAUGCGUGGAAGACGACGCAGCCGAAGACGAUUUAUGCCGAUGCUGAGGAGGAUGAGGAUCGUGAGGAGGAGGAGCGGCAGGCGAAGAAGGCCAAGUUGCAGGGGUGA